GCAGAAGAAGAAACGCCAACCGGAAGAGAACCGUACCAGAAGAAACACCAGCGGAAGGCGGUUGUUUUUUUAUUAGCUUAUUUGCUAAUGUAAGCCCGAUCUAUUUCUCGUUGUUUUAAAAACUACUGCUCACUUUUACUCUGGAGAUCACAAUAAAGUGAUAGGGAGGAUGUUGGCUACAGGAGCGACUGUAACCACGGCGGGUCUGGCUCAGGUGGACCGUGAGAAGAUCUAUCAGUGGAUCAAUGAGCUCUCCAGUCCUGAAACUCGUGAGAACGCCCUGCUAGAGCUCAGCAAGAAGAGGGAGUCAGUGACGGAUCUGGCGCCGAUGCUCUGGCACUCUUGCGGGACUAUAGCGGCUCUCCUACAGGAAAUUGUGAACAUCUACCCAUCCAUAAACCCCCCGACACUGACGGCACAUCAGUCUAAUCGAGUGUGUAACGCUUUAGCACUGCUGCAGUGUGUGGCCUCCCACGUAGAGACACGCUCUGCUUUCCUGGCAGCUCACAUCCCUCUGUUUCUGUAUCCCUUCCUGCACACGGUCAGUAAAACUCGACCCUUCGAAUACCUGCGGCUCACAAGUCUGGGUGUUAUCGGAGCACUGGUGAAAACAGACGAGCAGGAGGUUAUUAACUUCCUGUUGACCACAGAAAUCAUUCCUCUCUGUCUGCGCAUCAUGGAGUCUGGCAGCGAGCUCUCAAAAACGGUGGCCACGUUUAUACUGCAGAAGAUUCUCUUGGAUGACACGGGUCUGGCGUAUAUCUGCCAGACUUAUGAACGAUUUUCACAUGUUGCCAUGAUUCUGGGGAAGAUGGUUCUUCAGUUGUCUAAGGAGCCCUCGGCUCGCCUGCUGAAACAUGUUGUGCGAUGUUAUUUACGACUUUCUGACAACUCCAGGGCGAGAGAAGCUCUGCGUCAGUGUCUGCCGGACCAGCUGAAGGACACCACGUUUGCUCAAGUGCUAAAGGACGACUCCACCACCAAACGUUGGCUCGCGCAGCUCGUCAAAAACCUACAGGAAGGGCAGGUCACAGACCCCCGUGGCAUCCCUUUACCACCUCAGUAACACACACUCACACUCAUCCAAAAACCCUCCAGGAAGGCCCAGCACCACACCUUACACACAUCAGACUGUUCUUACAUACAAGGGCACUUAAUAUUUUUUGCCAAGAAGCUUAGAAACGGUGCUCAGCAUUCACGGUUUGUUUUUGAGAUAUUAAAAUUGACUUUGGACUCUGCUGGACUGAGGAAGAGUCAGUCUCAACCAUUAACUUUUUUUUUUCUUUUUCCUCUAUGCCUUUUUGACAGAAUUGAGAGGAAUUGUAAGACUGUAUUGUCUGUAUUUUCAUCACAAAAAAGGAAACGUCUAUGUAGUUUUGAAUGCUGUUAAAUAAACAUUGUCAUGUCAUUGUAAAUGUCAA